UCGCCAAACAAACACCCGAAAAUUCCAUUUCGAUCUCCGUUUUUUCUGUUUUCUCUGUUGUCGACUACAAUGGCUGACGCUGCUACUGUGAAUGCUAAUGGGCAAGAGCGUGAGAAGCAGAAGAUCUACUGGAUGCAGCACUCCGCGGAUCUGACGGUGGAGGCCAUGAUGCUCGAUUCCAAAGCCUCCGAUCUCGACAAAGAAGAGCGGCCUGAGGUACUAUCAUUGCUCCCACCAUAUGAAGGUAAAUCAGUUUUAGAACUGGGAGCGGGAAUCGGUCGCUUUACUUCCGAAUUAGCUCAAAAGGCUGGCCAGCUUGUUGCUAUGGACUUCAUAGAGAGUGUCAUUAAGAAGAAUGAAAGCAUUAAUGGGCACUACAAGAAUGUCAAGUUUAUGUGUGCUGAUGUUACAUCCCCUGAUCUGAACAUAUCUGAAGACUCGGUGGACUUGAUAUUCUCCAAUUGGCUUCUCAUGUAUUUGUCUGAUAAGGAGGUAGAAAAUUUGGCAGAAAGAAUGGUCAAAUGGUUGAAGGUCGGAGGAUAUAUAUUUUUCAGAGAAUCUUGUUUCCACCAAUCUGGAGACUCGAAGCGAAAAUACAACCCAACCCAUUAUCGGGAACCUAGAUUCUAUACCAGGGUUUUUAAGGAAUGCCAGGCACGGGAUGGAUCUGGCAAUUCCUUUGAAUUGUCUCUUGUUGGCAGCAAAUGUAUUGGAGCUUAUGUGCGAAAUAAAAAGAAUCAAAAUCAGAUUUGCUGGCUUUGGCAGAAAGUCAGUUCACAGGAUGAUAGAGGGUUUCAGCAGUUCUUAGAUACUGUUCAGUAUAAAUGUAAUGGCAUAUUACGCUAUGAGCGUGUUUUUGGAUCAGGUUUUGUCAGCACUGGAGGAAUUGAAACAACUAAGGAAUUUGUGGCCAAGUUAGACCUUGAGCCUAGUCAGAGAGUUCUAGAUGUUGGCUGUGGCAUUGGAGGAGGAGACUUUUAUAUGGCUGAGAAUUUUGAUGUUGAGGUUGUGGGCAUUGACCUCUCCAUAAAUAUGAUUUCUCUUGCUCUUGAACGUGCAAUUGGGCUGAAGUGCUCUGUUGAAUUUGAAGUUGCUGAUUGCACUAAAAAGACAUAUCCAGAGAACUCAUUUGACGUGAUAUACAGCCGGGACACUAUAUUACACAUUGAUGACAAGCCUGCGCUAUUCAGGUCAUUCUAUAAGUGGUUGAAGCCAGGAGGAAAGGUUCUCAUCAGUGAUUAUUGUCAGAGUGCUGGAACUCCAUCACCGGAAUUCGCUAAGUAUAUUAAGCAGAGGGGAUAUGAUCUCCAUGAUGUAGAAGCGUAUGGCCAAAUGCUUAGGGAUGCUGGUUUUGAAGAAGUCAUUGCUGAGGAUCGCACUGGACAGUUCAUAGAAGUUCUGCAGCGGGAAUUAAGUGUUAUUGAGAAAGAAAAGAAUGAAUUCAUCAGUGAUUUCUCUGAGGAGGACUAUUAUGAUAUCGUUGGUGGAUGGAAGGCAAAGCUAAUCAGGACUACAUCUGGUGAGCAGAGGUGGGGCCUGUUUAUUGCCAAGAAAAAAUGAACUCCGAGACUUAUCACCUGCUAUUCUAGUACUUCGAAUAUCUUUUGAACUAUCUUUCCGUUCUGUUUCUUUCUGUUCUAGCCGAUGAGAUGUUCCUGUUUCCUGUUUUAUUAUGAAGGCCUUAUAUGUAUUAGUAAUAAUGGCGAGAACUGAUACGCUUCUAUAAUUUCCUUAAUGGAAUGUUUUACCUUAUGCUUCGUAGUGGCUGCACGUUUAUCUGUAUGUCGGAUGGCUAAGCAGUUGCAUAGCAAGGUUUAUUCGUGAACAGAAUUACGUGCUCAAACCGGUUGUCUUUUGACAUUACCGAAAGUGAAGGUCAUAUCUUUCAAUUGAAUUAGGUUGUUGAAUUGAUUAUACGAAUUUCUCAUGUUAGAUAAAAUACUCCCUCAUGUCAAAUUUCUGCUACAAGGCUUAUGGCAUGUUGAUGAUGGUAUAUUCUAAGUGGACGUUUAGUUCAUGGAUUCA